UCUGAAUAUUUUACAGGUCUUGGGGGCUCGAAGCCCGCUCGACUGACUCCUGUCCCGAAGAGGGAAACUUCCUCGAUGACCGUAGGGAUCGAUCGAGUCGAAGGCGAUUCGCAAGCCCCUUGAGUGUUACCGCGAUGCAAUGCGAGGGCUUCUGCCUUGGUCGGUUGGGGGGGUCGUCGCGGUGCUCGUCGCCGCCUUGGUGUGGAAGGAACCCGAAUGCGUGGAGGACGCGGGGGUCGCUCCGAGGCCCAGGCCGCCCGUCGACGUCGUGACGGAGAUCUGGGGGAAGGCGGCGAUCGGGCACUUCCUCUGGGAGCACGUGCUGAAUGCGUCGCUCGAGGAGAGGGAAGACGGGCUGUGGACGUUCGGGGCGAGGGGGUUCGGUCGCGACCUCCUCAAGUUCCGGUCGGGCCCGAAGGUCAUCCCGGGUCACGUCCCGGUUCACGCCGUGGAGCGGCUCGUGCUCGUCCUCAACGGGCGGACGGAGGAGAAGCGCGAGGCGGCGCGGCGGUGGCUCUCCUUCCUCGAGUCCCUGCCGAAUCUGAAGAGGACGGGGGCGGUCGUGCUCGGGAACGAGUCCUGCGAGAAUUCCUGGCUCGCGCCUCACCUUCGGUCGAACGGAGGGAGGUUGGACUUCGUUUUUCUGGUCUACGACUCCAGGAUGGUCGACGGCGAGAGCGUGUUCCAGUGGCCUCUGGGCGUUGCCACGUAUCGAGGCUUCCCCAAGAGAUGCAUUUCUUCGGGAGAGCAGCUCGAGAGGCGCCGGAAGUUCUUCGCCAACUUCAUCGGGACGGUGUACGAGAAUUCCUCGAGGGAAGUCCUCGUGGAAGUCGCUUCCGAGUCACCAGAAGACGUAUUCCUUCACAUUAGGGAAAACUGGGAACCCGAGGAGUCCGAGGAAACCCUGACCCUGUACGUGAAGACCCUGCAGUCCUCCCACCUGACCCUCUGCCCCUCCGGCACCAACCCCGAGAGCUACCGCAUCUACGAGGCCCUGUCCUGCGGCAGCAUCCCCGUCGUGGAGGACCCUCGCCCCGGCGGCGACUGCGACGACUCCCCCCUCCGCCUGCUCAAGGCCCACGGCGCCCCGGUCGUCUGGAUCCGCGACUGGAGGCGCCUCCCCGACCUCUUCGGGAGAGAGAGACUGAAAUCCGAGGAGCGGCGGCGAGAGGACCGUCGCCGGGUCUACUCCUGGUAUCGGGGAUUCCUGAGUCGGAUGAAAGCUUGUUUGAGUGGCUUUUGGUCCCUGAGAGCGGGGCAACACUGGGGAAUGCCGGCAUGGCCGGAAGCGAGAAAAGGAAUAGAGGAAGGCGUGCUGCUUGGGCAUGGCGGAGGGCAGGUCGGCUCGGCCUCGGCGAGGGUCGUGGUGCAGCCCGUUGCAUUGAUCGGGCCGGGACCGGAUUUGGGUUUUCGCCUUCUGGAUCAGGCUGAAGCUCCUCCCAACGCGUCUCACUGA